GGCAGGGUGCCAUUGGCAGCUCAGCUCUACUGCGACUGUGUCAGUAAGAGACUGAGAGCCAGGGAGAGAGGCAAAGUUCCAAAUCUCACUUGCAUCUCGCUGGCCCUGCCAUCUCAACCUCCCCAAGUGCACGGCCGCUGGCAGAGUUAUUCGACCGCCUUAAUGGGCUGCCUAGGCCUACUAGGUCAUCUUCUUGUCGCCCUUCCGCACCCCCUAGCUAGCGGGCGCAACAGCGCCAAGGAUCAUGACCUUGCCCGCUGGACAUCAUCUCGUUGCCUACGAGCUUUGAUGGGGGAUCCAUUAACACAGCUUGCAGCUUUUGAUGCUGCUAUUCCCAUUGGGGAAGUGUUUUUCGAUAUGGAGUGCUCGAUUCGAGUAAAGAGAAAACCAAAGUCCCUAUUCCCAAGCCCACGGGCGUCAAUGGUGCUGCCCGCUCAUAGUGGGACGGGCAAGGGUGAGGAACAUGACUUGAUUCUUGCUUUUCUCCAACAGGUCGAUCAUUCAACACGGUCUACGGAGCUUUGGAGGAUCACUUGCCAUGUGCGUCUCCCCUGCUCUUGA